AUGGGACGAAUAAGAAUUCCGAAAAUUGGCAGAAAAAUUGAGGAUGAUCAAUCGAUAUUGUACUUCAAAAAUCGUACACGGUUUGCCAUUUUAGUGUUGGCGACACUUUGCUUAUCCAUAUCACAAAGUAAUGCUUUAACACUUAAUUUUACUAUUAUCUGCAUGAAUAAUGGAUCAAGUGCACAACAGGAAGAAGUCUUUACUCCUUCGGAAAAGAGUUAUCUUUUUUCGUCUGUUGCCAUUGGAGCCAUGGUAGCUGUUCAUCCAUGUAUGCUUCUCAUUCAGAAGUUUGGAAGCAGAGCGAUUUUCACAUUUUUUGGAUUCUUCUCCGCUUUUUGUACCGCUGUACUACCCCUUAGCAUGGAUUUUGGUUUUAAGUAUGUGGUCAUGCUAAGAUUUUUGCAGGGAACAGGGUUGUCUCCUGUCUUCACAUUGAUAGCCAUUGUUACUACCCAAUGGUCUAUGCUCAAACAGAACUCAUUCUACAUAGCAGUGCUCACAUGUUUCUUUCAGAUCGGGCCAAUUUUCACUAUGCCUGUCGCUGGAGCUUUAUGUUCUUCUUCAUAUGGAUGGCAAUCCGUUUACUAUGUACACUCUCUGACCACUGUUAUUCUAUAUCUUCUCUUUCUUUACUUCUACAGAGAACAACCAGAAAGACAUCGAAUGGUUUCAGAAAAAGAACUUCUUAGAAUAAAACGAAGUAAAGCCCAAGUUCUUGAUCGAGAGCCUGUUCCAUAUAGAAAAAUAAUCACAUCACCAGCAAUAAUAGCUUGUUGGGUUACAGCUGUUGGAAACUUUCUUGGAAUUCAAACAACAAUGCAGUUCACACCAAUUUUUCUUAAUAAGGUUCUAUCCUUCCCUGUGGACCAGACUGGGCUAUUCAGUGCCAUCCCUCAGAUAGUUACUUUCGUCGUUAAAAUAUUGGCAGGAAUUAUGGCUGACAAAAUGAAAUGUUGUAGCAUUGAGACAUCUGUGAAGUUGUUCAACACAAUAGCUGUGGCGGGGAUGGGCAUCGCCUUUAUUGUUCAGGCGUAUAUACCAAUUGAUUGCCCUAUUCUGUCUCUGCUAUGCUUGAUUUUUGCUACUUCUAUCAUUGGCUUCAACUGUGGUGCGUUUUUCCGGAGCUCAGCUGUUGUUGCUGCACAACAUAACCAUUUCGUCAUGACAGUCAAUUCGUUUUUGAAUUGUGUAUGCGCACUACUAUCACCAGUUAUAGUUAAUAUACUGGUAACUAAUAAUACUUGGGAUGAGUGGUGGUAUGUAUGGAUGUUGCAUGGAUCCUUUAUGCUUGUGACAAACACGGCUUUUGUCAUAUUCGGAAAAGGAGAACCUGCCGCUUGGACGGAGCCUCCCGUUUUAGAAGAGAAAAACACUUUGGAUGGAAAUGAGCAGGAAGCUGACAUGCUACUUUGCGAAGAGAAGCUUUGA